GUAAAUAAUAAUAAAUAAAUAUUAUUUUUUUAUAAAUUAUAAUUAUAUGAUUUAUCAAUUUAUUAUUAUUUUUAAAAAAUGUCGUACUUAACACAACAAGUUGUUUAUUGGAUAAAAAAAAAAUUCUAAAUUAAGACAAUAAUUAAAUAACAAAAGGUAAAGAAAAAAUGACAAAUACACCUGGUAAAAAAUCAAGUAGAUUGAGGUGUGCUAAUCAGGCUGAGAUAUUAAGAACUCAUCAACGUGAUGAUGAAUUUAUCAGAGUUAUAAAAAAUAAGUUUGUUGAUCUGUUGCAUCAAUUUGGUAAAUACAAGAAUUUUUUACCCUUUAUUCAGGGUGAAAUUCCAUUUAAAUUAUUGUAUUUUAUAUUUACAACUGGACUGGGAAAUCAAACUCUUGGUGAAGAGUAUACUGGAAUUAUUCAAGCUAAUUUAGAGACUAAAAAAGUGCCAUCAUUGAGUGCAAGAAUAUUUGCAUCACUGCUUGAAUGUUUUGGUGAACAAGGAGUUAUUAUUAUUCUUAAUAGACUUAAAAAAACUAUAAACAAUCCUGAUAAUGAAUUGACUCCACAAGCAAUAAUAUGUCUUAAUAAAUUAAUAGACAAAUUAAAAAUAGCUGUUCCAUAUUUAAUUGUUAUUCAUAAAUCAUUGUUUUAUAUUUAUGGACGUUAUUACAGUCUUGGACGAAGACUUGCUGGUGUUGAUUAUGCCAAGGUGUAUGGAAAAAGGCCAACUGAUGGUGUUGCUUGGGGCUUGAGAUUUUUAGGUUUUGCAACAAUAAUUCAAUGUAUCCUGAGAAUUUGUCAAGAUGCUGGAAAAUUAGAUAAUGAAAAUAAUUCAAUUGAAUCAAUAAAUCAGGAUACAAAUAAAUGCCAACUUUGUUUAGAAGCAAUACCAACAACAACAACUCCAUGUGGUCAUUUAUUUUGCUGGUGUUGUCUUGGUGAUUGGCUCAAAGCUCAAGCAAAGUGUCCAUAUUGCCGAGAACAUGUUGCAUCAUCACGUAUUGUUCAUCUAAUGAAUCUGUGAUUUCUCCAAAUAAUUAUAUCAAUAAAUAAUUGCAAUUAAUU